AUGCUGAAACCCGAUGAAAACUCACCAGGAUUUGAGCUCGUGGGCGUCGUUGUUAAGAACGGAGGACAGGAACCGGUAGGGUUGUCGGGCUGGAUCCGAGGGUCGAAUCGAUGGGGAGAUCCUUCCGCCUUCGUAGGAAUAAGAGAGGAAUACUCCGACGCAGGCGUCAGAGGCCGGCGGCGGGGCGACGGGUGUGGAAAGGAUUUGGGAUUGGGCCCGCCAGAGGUUUUUAUUGAGAAAAUUCUAAGGGUUCAACCAAAUGUGAAGAAGCUCUUUCUUCUGUUGAGGGCUGCAGAUAAUGACUCGGCUUUACAUCGUUUCAACAAUGAGGUGAUGGCGAAGGACUUGUUCAAAGUUGUAAAGGAGAAAUAUGGUCCCAAAUUGGAGUCUCUUAUCCAGGACAAAAUCACCGUGAUAGCAGGCGACAUUACUUGUGAUUACAUGGGAUUAAACGGAUCCAUUUUGGAAGAGCUUUACGAGCAAGUGGAAAUUGUCGUCAAUUUAGCUGCAACUACAGAUUUUGAUGCGAGGGAGUGA